AUGCAGGAAGAAGCCCCGAGUACCACAAUCCCGGCCUCCCGGCCGAAACGAUGUUUCUCUAUUGUCAUGACUUGGGAAAACUCUCAUGGCCGAGCCGCUACAGACUCGAUGAGCCCAGAUUGGGUUUCUUCCUCAAUUGGCCUGGCUCCGGCAAUUCUUCCUUUUGGACCGAUGGAAGAUGGAAGAUGGAAGAACAAUGGACAGAGAUGUGAACGGCCCAGCCUUCUGCAGCCGACGUCUCAUCUCUGGUUCCUGCUGGUCAAGCAAAACCGUUUUCUCACUCACAUCCUGUGGCCUCGCGAGCGAUGCGUGCGUGCGUGCAAGUGUGCGUGCGCUCUCCCCUCCCCCUUGGCCGCCUGGGCCACGGAACCGGGGCGGCCGAUCCAAGCAGGGCAACCUGACCUGACAUGGCGUGGCAAAAGCGGCCAGAGGCCGCUUAGAGUCCCUGUAACCGUAGCCCUUUUCUUCGUUCUUUCGUGA